ACGUAUCACCGUGGUUGCGGCUGUCCUUCACAUCCGUCCACAUCCUGCUAGGCUCGACUCCAAAACGCUGCAACGAUGGCUCUGCUGAAAUCAAACAAGGUGAUCUUUUGUUUGGGGAAUAUUUCUCCAUCCCUGGGAGUCUUGUCCACCCGCAACAGCUCAUGGUGGGGUGGAGUGCAGAUGGGCCCCCCUGAUCCCAUCCUAGGAGUCACUGAGGCCUUCAAGAGGGACACCAACCCCAAGAAGAUGAACUUGGGAGUAGGAGCCUACAGAGAUGACCAGGGGAAACCUUUCGUGCUCAGCUGUGUUCGCAAGGCAGAGAGUUUGAUUGCAUCCAAACAGCUGGAUAAGGAGUACCUUCCUAUUGGUGGUCUGGGAGAAUUUACCAAGGCCUGCGCCCAGCUGGCUCUUGGUGCUGACAAUGAGGUUUUGAAGAGUGGCAGGAGCAUCACUGUUCAGACCAUCUCAGGCACUGGAUCUCUGCGCAUUGGAGGCAACUAUCUGGCCCGAUUUCAUUCAGGUCCACACGAUGUUUACCUGCCAAAACCCUCUUGGGGAAACCACACACCCAUCUUCAGAGAUGCUGGCAUGCAGCUGAAGGCCUACAGAUACUAUGACCCAUCCACCUGUGGCUUUGACUUCAAAGGGGCUCUUGAGGACAUCUCUAAAAUUCCAGAAAAGAGUGUUAUUUUGAUGCACGCAUGUGCCCACAACCCUACCGGUGUGGACCCCAAGCCCGAGCAGUGGAAGGAGAUUUCUGAAGUUGUGAAGAAGAGGAACCUGCUGGUGUUCUUCGACAUGGCCUAUCAGGGCUUCGCCAGUGGAGACAUCGACCGUGAUGCCUGGGCUGUGCGCCACUUCAUUGAACAGGGUCACAAUGUCCUGCUCUCCCAGUCUUUCGCUAAGAACAUGGGACUUUAUGGUGAACGUGUGGGAGGUUUCUCUGUAGUGUGCAAUGAUGCAGAGGAGGCGAAGAGAGUGGAAUCUCAGCUUAAGAUCCUCAUCAGGCCCAUUUACUCCAACCCACCAAUGAACGGUGCCAGAAUUGCAGCAACCAUUCUCAACACACCAGAUCUGCGCUCCCUCUGGCUGGAGGAGGUCCAUACUAUGGCUAACCGCAUCAUUAAAAUGAGAGAACAACUGGCAGCAGGUCUGAAAAAGAACGGUUCCACCCACAACUGGCAGCACGUCAUCGACCAAAUCGGGAUGUUCUGUUUCACGGGCCUCAAACCUGAACAGGUUGAGCGUCUGACGAAGGAGUUUUCAGUGUACAUGACCAAGGACGGCAGAAUUUCCAUGGCAGGUAUAUCCUCUGGGAACGUGGGCUACCUGGCAGAUGCGAUCCACGCUGUCACCAAAUAGAGUGGAUACAUCUUGGAGAGCGACAGAAUCAAAGCUGCAGAGUUGGGAGAGGAGCUUUAUGUAUCCUCCAUUCCACUUUUAGAGAAGAGCUCAGUAUUUGGUUAAAUUCUUUUCUCUCAUCUGGAUUUCAUUGUGACUUCAACUUGGAACGGUCGUUUAUUUUCCAGUUAAACUUUUUAACAUUUCUCUGAACAGGCUCCCCAUACCAGAUUUAAUUAUUAUUUUUCACCACUGAUUGAGAUGUUGUCUUAUCCUAUUUAUUAUGGAAUCAGAUGUUGGCUCUAUGGUCCUUUUACAUGUGUGCUCUUUUUCUGCUGUGUGCUCACUCACCAUUAAGCAUCAUGGUAAAAAAAACAAACAAACAAAAAGAAGCAUAGGGGUAUUAUGUCAGCUUGACAUGCAAGAUGAGAUCUCUGUUCUUUUGUGAAAGCCUGUAGGAAAUGUUUUUCAUUUUAUUUUAGUGGUGGCGUAGUAGCACUUUAUAAGAUGUUUAGCACUAUUUGAGUUUUUCCACUGUAUAAAUAGGCAUUCAUCAGGUUCACAGAUUGUUUUGUUAAUCUGAUUAAUUUAGUCUCUUUAUCUCUCUUUGGAAAUGGCUCAUUUAUCUCCUUUGUAUGCAGUACUUUUCCUGCAGGAUGUGUGAAUCUUUUGUGGUUCCGGUCUAGCUGGUCAGAGGGCAGCAGUUUCUCAGUCUGUUCAUUUAAAGCACCCAUAAAAAGCAACCACACAAGCCUAAAGAGUAAAAUGAAAGCAUGGAGUAGAAAAUACAGAGAAUGAAUACAUGUUUUUAAUGGAUAUUUUCAUAUUUUCAUUAAGAUCCAAAUGAAACACCCACAUCUCUAAAUUUUCACAUUGACAUUGUACUUGAUACCAGUGCUGCUGUCUGUACGGUUAUAAUGAUGAGUGGGGCACCUUCUUGGGGUAACUAAGGAAGUUCAUAUGAAAUGUACAGUGUGCUUCUCUAUUACUCUGAUGUCAUGUUAAAGACUGUGAGAAACAGGUGGGAUUUAGAAAUAUGGGGUUUUCCUCUGUCUGCUUAUUCGUCUGGCAUUUUACCUCCAUGCUCUGCAUUCUGUCUAAAACCAAGGAUUAUUGGUCGUGUAACUCACUGAACAGACAAUAAAUCAUUACAGA